AUUCAUUUAGCUCCUGGAGGACUGUGGACUGAAACCGGUAUACCAGUCUGAAACACAACAAUGUAUUCUACCAUGAUCCUUUGGGGCAUCUCCAUUGCCUUGUUGACCCAAGCCUACACUCUACCUGUUAAGAAUUCUACUGGAGUACAUGAGGGGAAGGUGAGGUUAAGAAGGAAAUACUCAGAUGAAAUAACAGACCGUGAUGAAAUGAAUGCAAUGGAUCAAAUCCUGGAAGUCAACAGCAGGUUGCGAGCGCCCAGAGGACUGACGUUCAGAGAGGGAGACAUCGCCACCUCUUAUGUACGGAGUGCUAUAACGUGCCCUGGAAAUGCCUGUCUGUGGCCCAAAUCAGUUGAUGGAUUUGUUUAUGUCCCAUAUAUCCUCUCUCCAUUAUAUGAUGACAUGGACAGAAUUACCAUAGAGACUGGGAUGCAAGACAUUUCUUCAGGAACAUGUGUUAAAUUUGUUCCACGCACUCACGAAAUGAGCUUCCUCGAUAUUCAGCCUAGAUAUGGCUGCUGGUCAUUUCUGGGGCAAACAGGGGGAAGUCAGACCCUGUCACUGCAGACCCCUGGGUGCAUGUGGUCAGGAGUUGCUGCCCAUGAGCUCAUGCACGCUCUUGGAUUUGUGCACGAACAGUCCCGCUCAGAUCGAGACCACUAUGUCACAAUCGUAUGGAAAAACAUCAUGCCAGAUCAUAUACACAACUUCCGAAAACAUGCGACAAACAACCUCAACAGCCCAUAUGACUACAGUUCUGUUAUGCAUUAUGGAAGGUACGCCUUCUCAGAAGAUGGUGGACCAACAAUAAUCCCAAAACCAGAUCCUUACAUUCCCAUUGGCCAAAGAGAUGGACCCAGUGCUCUAGACCUUCAUAAAAUAAAUGUCCUCUAUAAUUGUGGUGCCAAUGAUCCUGGAUCCAUGAUUAGCAUGGUGUCAUUCCACUGAACUCCGAUCUUCAGUCAAGACUUGAAUCAAUAUCUGGUCCUGAGUAGAUCACAUGGACAACAUCUUAUUUAAUAACUCAUUAUCAGCUAUAACAUGUUAAUUUCUUAGCCGAAAUUCUGGUCUGUACUCAUAAUACACAGCUUUCACAGUUCAAUUUAUGAAUUUAUUUUUGAAUUCAUAGCCUCAUGUUUCAUGUUAGAAAAAAUGCUUUAAGAUGUUUAAGACACGCUUUGCUAAAGCUAUCAUUUAGAUCUCCGAAUGAAAUCCUUCCAUUUUCUGUCUCAACUUCCGCUCAGUUUAAAUAAAGACAA